AUGUCUCGCUGGAGGCAUGUUGCGAUUCUGUGUCUCUGCCAGCUAUGCUUGCAAGCAGCGGUGGAGCUGGUGGUGGAUAGAACGCACACAUCCAGUACUUUUGAUGGAGUUGGAGGCUUGAGCGGAGGUGGUGCAACUAGUGUAUUGCUUCCCGACUAUGCGGAGCCCUCGCGCUCUCAGAUCUUAGAUUACCUCUUCACUCCCAACUUUGGAGCCUCGUUGCAGCUGUUGAAGGUGGAAAUCGGCGGCGACUCGCAGUCCACUGAUGGCACCGAGUCGUCCCACAUGCAUGACAGCGAGACCGUCGACCUCCACACUGGUUACGAGUGGUGGCUCAUGCAGGAAGCGAAGAAACGCAAUCCCGACAUCAAGUUGUACGGGCUUGCUUGGGCAUUUCCAGGAUGGGUCGGUGAGGGGUCUGGAGACCCAUUUAAGUUUCCAGAGCGCACGGCCCACUAUCUGACAGAGUGGGUUUCUGGCGCGAAGUCGGAGUACGGGCUAGAUAUCGACUAUCUGGGAAUCUGGAACGAAAGGGCAUCCGACAGCAGCUUCGUGCAAGUUCUGAGAAAGACCUUGAAUCAAGCGGGAUAUGCUGGAACCAAACUGGUAGUGAAGGAUGGCGACAUGGGCAUCUGCAAUGACCUUUUGAAAGACAAAGCUUAUGCUGAUGCCGUGGACAUAGUGGGUCUGCACUAUCCCAGCGACUUUGCGGAUUUUUCUGCCUGCAACCAAUUGGGCAAGCCGAUCUGGGCUUCGGAGGAAUCCUCGUCUUACGAUGACAUGAACGGUGCAGCCUGCUGGGGGCGCGUGAUAAACUCCCAUUGGGUCAUCAACAGGAUGACAUCUUCCAUCAUGUGGAACCUUGUAGGUGCUUACUACCACGGUACCAACUGGUACGCCAGCUCCAUGAUGACCUCGGUACAGCCGUGGAGUGGUCACUAUGAGGUUAACCCGGUCAUUUGGGCGACGGCGCACGUCACCCAGUUCACAAAGAUUGGAUGGAAGUAUCUUGCAAACGGUUCUGGCUCGGGUGAGCUGCCUCACGGAGGGUAUUAUGCCACUUGGGUAGAUCCCUCGUCUCAGAACUUCACCAUGAACUUCGUGAAAAUCUCACGUGAUCAUGCAUCCUGUACGCGGCCCCCGCUGCCAAGCUUCGAGGUAGAGGAGGAGACGCUGACAGUCUUGCUGGCUCCUUCUUUGCACGCGCCGCCAGAGCUUCAAGUUUGGUAUUCCAACUUUGAGUCUUACGACGACGCCGAGCCGCCAGUGUUCCAGCACUCGACAGUGCAAGUCCGGGACUCCAGGUUCUCGAUCAAGGUACCAAUUGGUGGAAUGCUUACGGUGACCACUAUAAAGACUGGUCGAAAGGGAACCUUCCUUUCCCGGAUUCCACCCUCGUCACCUUCGUUCCCCUUGGACUACAUGGACGACUUCCAGACUACUGAGGACUCACGCAAUGCCAGAUGGUUUGCCGAUCAGAUCGGUUCUUUCGAGAUCCAUCGAGCAGAAGAUGGCAAGCGAAGCCUUCGGCAGAUGGUUCCUCUCCUUCCAAUCGGCUGGACCGACAAGGGUUCCAGGGGUCCUAUGACCCUCAUUGGUAUGCGGGAGUGGCAGGACAUUAAGGUUCAGGUGUCGUUCAGACUGCCGGUGGCAACCCAUGGAGCAGCUGCAGAUGCUGCGUGCGUUGGCGCGCGAGUGGAUCAGAUGUGGAAGAACGGUGUGGUCUUAUGUAUCAAUCGUGAUGGGCACUGGGAGCUCUUGAACUCUGGUCCUGCACUUCAGGGCUCAUCCGCACCCGCCCCGGUGCCGAUUGCGUCUGGCUCGACAAGGGCCAUCGGCAGCACGUGGCACGUGCUGUCUCUGGAAGUUGGCCCAUCCAACGAGGCCCAAGGUGCUCUUGAUGGCCGCCAAUUGCUGUCGAACGUCCCUGUGCGGGACAUGGAUACAGGCUUCGCGGCCAUCGGUGCCAAUGGAUGGUUCCCCAUAGAGUUCCGCAACUUCUCCGUGUCCAAGGCUCCGGCCGGUUGGUCUCCCCCGGCAAGCUGCCUCAUGCCAAGAUCGCCCCGCCCAGCCCUGUCGGCACAGCCUUGCAGCCGCAAUGGCUACAUGGAUCCUGAGCAGGCUUUCGACUUGCUGCCCUCGUACCAGUUGCUGCACAUCGCUACAGGACUCUGCGCCAGUGCCAGCGAACCAGGCCCUGUGGUCCUCGAGAAGUGUGAUGCCACACAGGCAGCACAGCUUUUCGUGAAUGAUUACACCCUGGUUCGCAACACGCUUGUUGACUUCGACUCCAAAGCUGUGAACAAGCCCCUGGCUGGAGACAAGUCUGGUGCAGUUUUCGUGGGAAAGACUGGAGACUGGGCGAAGUGGACGUAUUUCCCGAACACAAAGCAGCUGCGCAAUCAGUACGUCGCACAAGUCGAUCUGGGGUAUCCCAUGUGCUUGUCUAGCUGCCCGAAGAAGGCAUUGGUCUUGGAGGAAAACCUUGUUUAUACUUGA